AAUGGAAGCAGCUCAGACUCUUUCUCAAAGAAUCGCCGAAGUUAGGAGCCAAGAGAAGCUCAUUCAUUCGACCAGCAAGGAAUUAGACUCCACCUGAUGGACAGACUUUUACUUUGUUGUUUACUUUACUGAGCCGAAUCAGCCGACAUUAUAUUCUCUGUAUGGGGAUGACUCUGAGGAAGAAGAAUUCAAUAUUUGCUGUGACAAAUACAGAGAUGGCAAGGUUGCACAAAAAUGUAGAUCUCUCAAAUUAUUUGAUAUCGAACAUUUUAAUAUGAAUAAUAUCGAAAAACCGAUUAAGCAUUUUCAUACUUUUCUGAACUAUUCAUUCCCAGAUAGUGUUUACAACCUCAAUGUUUCUUGCAGACACGCCUCACAGAAUAAAAAGUUAAAUAUUUUUAAAUCUAUCAUAAGAAUAAGUCCGAAAAUCAGAAAUAGUGCUUGUUUUGAACAAUUAUGUUUGAAUGAAUCCCAAUUCAAAAGACUGAUUGCAGCAUACAGACAUGUGCACAAUUUGACUUUCCGGAGGUGCAAUCUCUUUAUUCUGAACCCUCUAGAUUUAUCUACAGCCUUUGAAGACACUAAAAUUGAGAGGCUCUCUUUAGUUGGUUCAGGUUUGCCUUGCUCCAGUUCUUGGGGAACAAACCUCUAUAUGUUCAAGAACUUAAUCGUUGGUCUUGAGACUUCUAACGCCCUCGCCAAAACUCUCAAAGUAUUGGAUUUCAGAUUCUGUGGGAUUGAGGAGAGCAAAGCCAAAGGCUUGCUAGCUCAAAGCAGCUUAAGCGAUAAAAUAUAUUUCGGUAAAUAAAAAUAUUCUGCCUUCAA